GGUCCCCGCGAGCGCACACGCACUCCAUCCCCUUUAGUCUCGGCCGACGCACGGAGCGGAACUGGACUCUCGAUGACGCACAGAGCAGAAACGAACUUAGCUCUAGUUUUCGGCUCGUGUGGGGCUGUGGAGAAAGAGGGCUGAAUUUGGAGUGAGAGAACCUGGGUUCAAAUCCUGACCCGGCCUCUACUUGGGUGACCCCAGGAGUCACAGGACUUCCCCCAGAUCCUAAUGUCUUCGUCAUCUGUGGAAAGCGGGGCUGGACGGUCUGGUCUCCAUCAUGAUUUGGAUGAUCUCCAAGGUCCUGUCCAGUUCUGAUAUUCUUAAUGUUUCUGCCAUGAUCCGCAGAGCUAGAAUUAGACCCGCCCCUUCCUCCCUGUGACAUACCAAGCAGAACUGGGGUCUUCUUCCUGGGCAGGGUGCCCUUACCCUACCCGCUGCAGCUCAGCGUGGCCUCGGUGCCUGGUGCAGGCAGCCAGGCCUGGGCAAGUGAGUCUCCCUCCUCUGUGGCCCAAGCACAGCAACCUGGUGGCCAGCAUGGAGCUGUGGCCAGGGCCAUGGACAAUGCUGCUGCUCUUUCUGCUGCUGCUUUUGCUGCUGGUGCCUGUGCUCUGGGGUUACAGUGCCAGUGCCAAGUACUUCUGCAAGAUGGCAUUCUACAACGGCUGGAUCCUUUUCCUGGCAGUGUUGGCGAUCCCUGUGUGUGCCCUUCGAGGGCGAAACGUGGAGAACAUGAAGAUCCUUCGACUGAUGCUGCUGCACAUCAAGUACCUGUACGGGAUCCGGCUGGAGGUUCGAGGGGCCCAUCACUUCCCCCCCUCCCAGCCCUACGUUGUUGUCUCCAACCACCAGAGCUCGCUGGACCUGCUAGGAAUGAUGGAGGUGCUCCCAGGUCGCUGUGUACCCAUUGCCAAGCGGGAACUGCUGUGGGCAGGGCCAGCAGGGCUGGCGUGCUGGCUGGCUGGAGUCAUCUUCAUUGACCGGAAACGGACUGGGGAUGCAAUCAGUGUCAUGGCUGAGGCUGCACAGACCCUGCUCAGCCAGAAUGUCCGAGUUUGGGUUUUCCCUGAGGGUACCAGGAACCACAAUGGCUCUAUGCUUCCCUUCAAACGUGGCGCCUUCCACCUUGCUGUUCAGGCCCAGGUCCCCAUUAUUCCCAUUGUCAUGUCCUCCUAUAAAGACUUCUACUGCAAGAAAGAGCGGCGCUUCACCUCGGGGACAUGUCAGGUACGGGUGCUGCCCCCCGUGGCUACAGAAGGGCUGACCCCAGACAACGUGCCCGACCUCGCUGACAGAAUCCGCCACUCCAUGCUCACAGUUUUCCGGGAGAUCUCUACUGACGGCCGGGGAGGGGGUGACUAUCUAAAGAAGCCUGGUGGGGCUGGUGAGGCUGGCCCCUGAGCCUUCCUCCUAACACUCCUUCACAUUCCCUCUCCCCCAACCCGGUGGUCCCUGGACUGGGCCUGACUCCCCUCUUCACUUCCCCCAUCCCAUUUCUCCUUUGUGGUACAGCCAAGUCUCUCCUCACCCCACUAAUUCUCUACUGAGUCUUCAGCUUCUGAAGUGGACAUGGACAAAGCGCUUUUCCUCCACCCCUUUCCCUCUUUCUUCCCUAACCCUACUCUGGACUUUACCACCUUGGUGCAGCCUACACACUCCCUCCAUGCCUCCCAUCUUGUCUGUGGAACAUUCUGCUCCCCUCUCUGACUCCCGAGUGGUAUGUUCCACUGGGCAUCGACCACUCCUACGCCAUAGUGGACACUAAGUGGACGCUUCCUCUGUGGCUCUCCUCCCCACAUUUGAUUUGUGGACUCAUCUACCUGGAUGGAAGCACCUCGUUCUCGGUCCCCCAUCCCCCUCCCAACUCUAUGGAUGCAAAUGGACUCAUCCAACUGGAGGGGGUUCGGGAAGGACCCACCUCGGGAAUGGAAGCAGACCCAGCCAGCUCCUCUUUGCAGUCCUCCUCUCCAACCUGGCUGCCCAGCCCGGCCUCUCUUUCCUCCCUACCCACCCCAGUGGAUCUAUAUGGAGUCUUCUUUCCAGAGAUUUGGACUUUUCCCUUUCCUUGGUACAGUCCGUUUAACCUGCCUUAUCCUACUCAUCCCGGCCCAUCCUUUCCUGUGACACACUGACACACACACACACACAAACUGGUCUCCACAGAAUUCCCUUUUCCUCCCCACUCCUCCUCCUCCCCCCUUCUCCCCUUAGACAGUGGGUGGUACACUCUUAAAUUCCCCUGGAGUAGCAGGGGACCAGCCCAACCCAGCCCUCUCCCAGCACAGUCCCUAGGCCUCAGGCUGUACCAUUAGGCCCAGACAGCAGGGAAGGGUGGAGUUACAGGUGCUGCAUUAAUUUCUUACUCCUGGAGGUGGGGUAGGAAGAGCUGAGAGCUGGUUAGAGGAGGCUGGAAUAGGUUUAAUUUAUUUUUCUUUCCUUUUGCUGCUGAGGAGCUGCCCUUCCCCCACCUCCCCGCGUCCAGAUUGGCAGCCAAAAGCUCUCAGUGUUAAAAGUCCAAAGGGAGGGGGAGGAUCACCCCCAGCGCCUUGGGGAAGUGGGAGUCUGUUUACAAAAAGGGGUAGAGGAGAGACCCAGCCAAACCUAGGCUUCCUUGCCUCCAUCUCCAGCCUAGUAGAGGAGGAUCCCAGCCUUAAGUAGCACAUCCCCAUUGGAGUGGGAGGGGCCGAGAGAACCCCAUUCUUCUCUUGGGGAAACCCACAGUCUUGCUGACACCCUUCUCUCAACCCGAGGGCAUCAAUGAGAGGGUGGGGCAUUGAGGAAAGGGCUAUCUGAUGCUCCCGCUCUCCUCCCCCCAACCCAGGCCAGUGUGACCCGGGGAGGUGAGGGGACUCCCCGGGAUUUUCUUUCUCCCAACCAGUUCUGCUUUUUCUCCCAAGGCGUUAGCUGGGCCUCCGUAUUCCAGUCCUCUCCUCCCCUCUCACGGGUACCAGGACUGCCCUUUCCUCCUCUUCACUCCCCGCCCCCCACCCCCCACCUCGAGAGGUCUGAAGGGAGGGGAUGAAGGGGGCAGUCCAAGGGUUUGCUGCGCUCCGAUGGUUUUUAUUAUCUGGAUUAACAGCGAGAUAGGGAGAAUAAAGAGAGAUGGAAGGA